GACGACCGUCGCAUACGUUGAACACUCCCUGCUCCUAUACUCAAGAUGAACCCCGCUACUGCUGUCCGGGCCAGAAUGGCCGCCAACCUCGUUGCUCGCCGUGGUUUCUCCACCACUCGCGCUCAGCUCUCUUCCCCGUACCACUAUGCCGAGGGUCCUCGCUCCAACAUUCCCUUCAACCCUCUGACCAAGUACUUCUUCUGGAGAUACUGGGCCUUCAUGACCGUCGGCUUCUUUGCUCCCUUCGGCAUUGCUGUCUGGCAAACUUACAAGACCCGCUAAACAUUUCUUGGGAGAGAUCCUUGCACGACGGCAACAUCGGAAGGUGGGAAUAUAGUCAAUACAUUGUGCUUUGUGGGAGCGUCGGUGUAUUAUGUACAGAGAGAAAGCAAAUUACUGAAGGCCAUUUUGGCCAAAUUCGGCGUACUGCGGC